ACGGCGCUCGAAGCGGAAGUGCGGGCUCCUUGCGGCGGCUGUCUCCGGGCGGGCGGAGGGAGGCUCCCGAGGUGGGGGCCGGGCCGGGCCGGGAUGGCGGCAUCUGCGGCCGGGGCCGGGGCCUGGGCGGCCCAGGAGAAGCAAUUCCCGCCGGCGCUGCUCAGCUUCUUCAUCUACAACCCGCGCUUCGGCCCGCGCGAGGGCGAGGAGGAAAAUAAAAUUUUGUUUUAUCAUCCAAAUGAAGUUGAAAAGAAUGAAAAAAUCAGAAACGUUGGAUUAUGCGAAGCUAUUGUACAAUUUACCAGGACCUUUAGUCCUUCAAAACCUGCAAAAUCUUUACAUACGCAGAAGAAUAGACAGUUUUUCAAUGAACCAGAAGAAAAUUUCUGGAUGGUCAUGGUGGUUCGGAAUCCUAUCAUCGAAAAACAAAGUAAAGAUGGAAAACCAGUUGUUGAGUAUCAAGAAGAAGAGUUGCUGGACAAGGUUUAUAGUUCCGUGCUACAGCAGUGCUACAGUAUGUACAAGCUCUUCAAUGGCACGUUUCUGAAAGCCAUGGAAGAUGGAGGUGUGAAGCUCCUAAAGGAAAGAUUAGAGAAAUUCUUCCACCGGUAUCUGCAAACACUGCAUUUGCAGUCUUGUGACCUACUGGAUAUUUUUGGUGGAAUCAGCUUCUUCCCGUUGGAUAAAAUGACUUAUUUAAAAAUCCAGUCCUUUAUUAAUAGAAUGGAGGAGAGCUUGAACAUAGUCAAAUAUACUGCCUUUCUCUACAACGAUCAGCUUAUCUGGAGUGGAUUAGAGCAAGAUGACAUGAGGAUUUUAUACAAAUACCUCACCACGUCUCUCUUCCCGAGGCACAUUGAACCUGAGUUGGCAGGGAGGGAUUCUCCAGUGAGGGCAGAAAUGCCGGGAAAUCUUCAACACUACGGAAGAUUUCUUACUGGACCCUUGAACCUUAAUGAUCCCGAAGCAAAAUGCAGAUUCCCUAAAAUUUUUGUCAAUACAGAUGACACCUAUGAAGAGCUCCAUUUAAUUGUGUAUAAGGCCAUGAGUGCAGCUGUGUGCUUCAUGAUCGACGCCUCCACACAGCCUACGUUGGAUUUUUGCCGAAGACUGGACAGCAUCGUUGGGCCUCAGCUCACAGUGCUGGCGUCUGACAUUUGUGAGCAGUUUAACAUCAACAAAAGGAUGUCUGGGUCUGAAAAAGAACCCCAGUUUAAAUUUAUCUACUUCAACCACAUGAAUUUAGCCGAGAAAAGUACAAUUCACAUGAGGAAAACACCCAGUGUGUCACUUACGUCCGUUCAUCCAGAUCUCAUGAAGAUUCUAGGUGACAUCAACAGUGAUUUCACUAGAGUGGAUGAAGAUGAAGAAAUUAUCGUGAAAGCGAUGAGUGAUUAUUGGGUUGUUGGGAAAAAGUCUGAUCAGCGGGAGCUAUAUGUUAUUUUGAACCAAAAAAAUGCAAACCUGAUUGAAGUAAAUGAAGAAGUCAAGAAGCUUUGUGCAACACAGUUCAAUAAUAUAUUUUUCUUGGAUUGACUGAGAUG